AUGUCGAAGAAGUCGACGGAUUCUUUCUGGCCGGCGGGCUAUUCCGGGCUUUUCUUUAGACGGGUAAGAGUGGUACGUAGGAAUGGGGGUGGAGGUGGAGGUGGGGGUAAUCUGGUCAAUAUGCCUCCAGGUUAUAAAGAAGCUCUCUUCAUGAUAGCAGCCUUUUGUGCAAAGUCGGACAACUGUGUGUCCGACUACACUCAGGGUAAGCUUUUCACGUGUUUUAAUAAGACCAAUGGACAGCAGGCGGAGUUUGCAAACAAAUUUGAAAAUUGUGUCAACACUAGGACUGAGGGCUGCAGUAAGGGCUCAAUGAAAGCUCUGCAGAAUUGUGUGGAAAAGAUGUCUCAAAACCCGAAUGCCGUGAAAGUGCCCAAAAAUAAUAGAAAUUGCAUCAGGGCAUACCUCACCAUCACGAACCUGCAGUGUCUCAAAACCAAGUACCCCGGACUCGAAAAACUACUUCCAAUUUCUUCAGACAAACCAAACGGUUAA